UAAAACUCCAAAAGCACAAUUUUCAUUGGAGUGGGUCUUUAAGCUGGUGACAUGUGUGUAAAAUGUUGUGAAGAUUGCUUGAACUAAAGUUUUCUUUUCUUCUAUUGUAAUGUGAAAAUCGACAAUCUCACACUUUGCCACAAAAUGGCCACCAAACCAUAGGACCUGUGGCCAUCCCAUAAUAAUUUUAAAGUUUCCCUGAGCACUUGUGUGUCAAUUAAAAAAAAAAAAAAAGUGUUUUAUGGGCCCCAUAAAAGUCUUAACAAUAAUCUUGAUAAGAAGGGGGAAAAAAUCUGUUUUAUAAAAGCAACAUUAAAUGUGUUUAGAACUCACAAAUGUAAAUGUUUAUGUUGCUAAUAAAGUUAUAACAGAAAGGGCACGCCCCCCGACAUUCUGUGCUCUCCUCCAAAGGGGCGGGUUCACGCUGUCUUUGCUUGAAUGUGAUUGGUGGAGGCGGCUCCACACCUGCAGCUUCGGUCUGACUGAGACUCAGAAACCGAUGUUAGCCAGGAGGGCACGAGCUCUGGGAGCGUUUGACCCCCCGUUUGACAGCUCCAGAAAGAUUAGAAAGCUCGAUUAACACCUGGGACAUCUACUGGAAUAGUCUCUGGAUUUAGAUGGAGGAAGUGCUUGUUUUAAAAUCAAGGCCUUAUUCUAGUUCUUCACAACAGGAAGUAGCUUCUCCUUUGCCGCUGGAUGCUCAGGAAGAUCCAGAUCUCCAAGCAUCUUCGGCACCGAUUGAUGAUGCAGUCGCACCUCCACCUCCACCCCCACCACCCCCUCCACCUCCACUCCCUCCACCUCAUAUUUCUUUAACUUCUUUUGGCCCCGGCGAUGUCCAGAAGCGCUCCAUGAAGAAGCUGAACUGGGACACCAUUCCCAGCCAGCAUGUGGUGGGCAAGCUAAACGUGUGGACAUCCAAACGCCCCCAGAGGGACUUGGUGCUGGAUAUUCGAACGAUGGAGGAGUUGUUCUGUCACACGGACAAACAGGCAUCCCUGCGCAGUUCAAGACACGCCACCCUGAGAAGGGGUAACAGAAUAGACCUUUCACCAGGACCUCAGGUGAAAAUUCUGGACUCCAAGAAAAGUAUGAAUGUUGGAAUCUUCUUAAGACAUUUCAAGAGGCCCGUGACUGAAAUAGUGGAGGACAUCCGUCAGGGAAACUGGCUGCGGUUUGGGGCAGACAAGCUGAAGGAGCUCUGCAAGCUGCUGCCAGAGGAAACUGAGGUGAAACAGCUGCUGUCAUUCAGUGGGAAGCUCCGUCUGUUACCUGAAGCUGAUCAGUUCAUGGUUCAACUCGUUAAAGUACCAAGUUAUGAGCAGCGUCUAAAAACCAUGAUGGUCAGAGAGGAAUUCUUUCCUUUCAUGGAGGAAGUGAAAGAUUCUGUUUCUGUCAUGACUAAAGCCGCUCAAGAGUUACUGGACUGUGACGAUCUCCACUCAGUCAUUCGACUGGUGUUAAAAGCCGGGAAUUACAUGAAUGCUGGUAGUUACAGUGCCAAUGCCAUUGGAUUCAGGAUGUCUUCCCUCCUGAAACUGGCUGACACCAAGGCCAACAAACCGGGGAUGAAUCUAAUGCAUUAUGUUGCUAAGGAGAACCGAGAGCGAGAGGCGAAGGAGCAAAGACACAAGCGAAAGGAAAGCAUCAGAUUUAUAGCAAAACGGCGCUCCACGGGAUCUUGCAGAGACGCAGAGACAAUCGGUGACUCUGUGUGCUUGGAAUCAGCACUACACAACCUUCUCUCCACGGUGCCCAGCAGUUUCUCCAGAUGCAGGAGGAACGGACCGCUCCCGGCCGAUGUGCUGCUUUCUGAAGGCGGCUCCCCCCCUGCAGAAAGAGCUGUGUCAACGCCUCGCAAUAGCAGGGUGAGCCCAGAGGAAAAACACGCCAAGUUACAGAGAACUGACGAGCUAACGGCAAAGCAAAACAAGAAAGAUACCGAGGAUGUACACGAAAUAAGUCGGACGGUCCUUCACUUCCAAAAGAGGCGGAGCAUUCUUGAUGGUUAUCUUGUUUCAGGAAGUUGUCAUUCAGAGAAACGACCGGACAAACCUUCGACGCCAGCGACCCCUCGACCUAAAACCAGAGACUACUUCUUUGUCACCGAUGGGGAUGUGGGUUCACCGUGGACCAUCCUCAGCCCCGUUUCCUGCUCUCGAAGAAUGCAACACAGACAGAACACGGUCCCAUCGACGCCCAGCAGGGAUGACCUCGACGAUGGAGUUUGGGAAACCGACAACAGCCGUCAGCCCCGCCCUCACCAGGACGCCUCGCCAUCUCCAGCAAACGGCUUCAAAUCCUUUCCUGACUUUCAGAGAGCUUCGUCGCACAGACCACUUUCAAGAUCUGCUUCCUCUGACGAAGCCCAGCAGUCUUAUGCCUCCAGCUUCCGACUGGGAGACCUGUUCCAGAGGAGUACGACUCAGAGAACGUACUCUUCUAUCUCAAGAGCAGCAAAUAAGAGGGAAGAUGGAAGCGGCGUUGAGGGUUCAUCUGGAUUUAUCUCCUUCUUUAAGCGCAUUGGAGGCAGAAAUAAGCCCGGUGAUCCAGAGGAACCAAAGAUAUUACCUGAUUAAAACUGAACAUGGACUGAAA